AUGCAUGGCAGCACUUUGAUAGGGCCUGGUGCAAAGAUACUUGCCAAAUCCUUUGCUGGCGAGAGCCCAAGCUUUGUAAAUACAUUCGGCACAUCGUGCUUCAAGGUUCCUUCAGAUCGCAAGGGGUCUCUGAAAACUAAGGUUAAUGGCCGCAAGUGUGAUUUCCGGGUCUAUUUGUACAUUCCAACCUCCGUGCCGCUAGUAGCACUUUACUCACCAGUCUUCUAUAUCAGAUGCGGCCAUCAGGCCUUCAAUGUGUCCUCUACUGACCCCCUGAAUGUUGUCACGAACACGAAGGUUCGGGGCAAAUUGCGCGAGGGAGCGAACUACUCGGAGCUGGUUUUGGGUCCAGACCAGCUUCAGCAGCAGCUUUCACAACAGGGCCUGCCAGAUGACUUCGUGAAGGCAACACUUUUGCCUGCGAUGAAGGCCAAGUUGGCCUUGCUGAUGGAGGUGAUGUGCUUUGCUACCACAGUGGGCCAGCUGCAAACCACCAAUUACGAACUGUUCGGUAUCGAUAUGAUGCUGGACACGGACUUGAAUGUGUGGCUAAUAGAGGUCAAUUCCUCGCCUGGCCUUGAGAAGAGCCUCGGGGCUCGAAAAGAAGCUGUGGAAGCUAUCAUUCCUCCCGUGGUGGGCCUUCAGCUGGACCUGCUGCGGUUUGCAGCUUCUGGCAGGCCUCGCGCAAACCUCACCUUGAGCGACCUUCCAUCCAAAGGGGUGUUGGACGCCAGGCCACAUACAGCUUGCUCAGGGUCAACUGCAACUGUGGAAGUAGCCUUCGGCAAGGGUUCCGUUAUCUGCCGCGCAGACAGGUAG